AUGUCAAUAAGGAGCAUAUCGUCCAUUUUUUAUGAGAAGUUUUUGACAGAGCAAUACACUUGGAGGCCCAAGGUUGACGAACUAACCUUUGAUUCCAUUGACCACUCAAGCGCGGCUUGGUUGGAGAGGCCUUUUGAUGAAAACGAGGUUCUUGGAGUGUUAAAAGCGAAGCGGUUGAGCGAAGUCUUGGGGAAGAUCAUCUUGAAGUCCCAAAAUACUUUUGUGAAAGGAAGGCAAAUUAUUGACUCAGUCCUCAUCGCCAACGAGUGCCUGGAGAGUAGAGUCCGAUCUGGCAUUCCAGCUAGAUUCUCUGUUUUGGUCAAUGGCACUCCUGAAAGCUUUUUCAACAAUUCUCAGGGUUUGAGACAAAGGGAUCCUCUCUCCCUGCUUUUAUUUAUUCUUGUCAUAGAUGUGUUGAGUAGGAUGCUAAGAAGGGCGGUGGAAGGAGGUUUUCUCUUUGGUUUCACGAUGGGCGGUUCCACACAUGGCAGCUUGACAGUCUCCUACCUUCUCUUCGCUGACGAUACAUUGAUUUUCUGUGACCUAGACCAGGAACAAUUCUACUCUUUACGAGCACUUCUUCUUUGUUUUGAAAUUGUAUUAGGCCUUAAGGUGAAUUUAUCCAAGUCGGAAGUAAUCCUCGUUGGCUCGGUCAACAACGUAAGUAUGGUGGCAGCCAUCCUGGGUUGCAAGGUUUCAUCCUUGCCUAUGAAGUAUCUUGGACUCCCCUUGGGCGUCCCUCAUAAAUCUAAGACAGUGUGGGAAGGGAUUAUCUAG